UUGAGAUAGGACGUGUGCUAUGUGCGCGACAAAAGUUUCGUCCGCAAAGUUUACGUACGGGAGUGAAUUGAAAUAAAUUAACGGGCGUGUUAUUUAGGUGUUUUUAUUAAUGUGUACAGGAUCAUAGCAUUUGCGGUCCGGUUUACUGUAAUGACGAAAUAGCGACGGCAGCCCUGACAAUGACAAUUCGCACAUGAUUUCUAUAUACAACUUCACACACACAUCAACCCUCGAGCCGCACACGUACAAAAAUGAAACGACCAACGAGAAAACAAUCGACAUCGAUCUCAACUCGAAUUCGACAUUCGAGAUGUCGAACUUUACAGAAUACGCCGAGAUACCGUAUUACAUAAAGGCGACAUCGAUGAGUUUCUGCAUAGUUAUAAUGUGCUUGGGUGUCAUCGGGAAUGUGAUGGUGCCGAUUGUGAUACUAAAGACCAAAGACAUGAGGAACUCCACCAAUAUCUUCUUGGUAAACCUGAGCAUUGCUGAUCUGAUGGUGUUGUUGGUUUGCACGCCGACUGUACUCGUCGAAGUCAACUCUAAACCAGAAACUUGGGUGCUUGGGAAGGAGCUUUGUCUUGCAGUUCCGUUCAUCGAGCUGACAGUAGCCCACGCAUCGGUCCUCACAAUACUAGCCAUCAGCUUCGAGCGAUAUUAUGCCAUCUGCGAGCCUCUAAGAGCUGGUUACGUCUGCACUAAGACCAGAGCUACUCUGAUCUGUGCUCUCGCGUGGUUCUUUGCUGCCCUAUUCACAAGUCCAAUUUUGGCGAUUGCAGAACUUCAUACAGUCACCAGGCAAGACGGUACAGUCCAGCAAUGCCUAACUCAGGCAAUUACUUUAUGGGAGAUAACCUUCUUCGUAAUGGUCAUAAUUCUUCUUUACCUUCUUCCACUUAUUAUACUUAUAGUUCUUUACACAGUUAUAGCGAAAAAUUUGAUCACUGCUGCUUCUAAGGUGGUGAUGAAUAAGACGGUGGAUCCAUACAAUGCAAGAGCCAGGAAACAAGUGAUAUUAAUGCUUGGAACUGUUGUAUUAUGCUUCUUUCUAUGUCUAAUGCCGUAUAGAAUAUUAGCUUUAUGGAUCAUAAUUACGCCAAGCGAACUCUCAGACAAUGUAAGUCCAGAAAAAUGGUACAAUCUCCUUUACUUCUCUCGAAUAAUGUUGUACAUAAACUCUGCGAUAAAUCCAAUUUUGUAUAACUUAAUGUCAUCCAAAUUUCGAAAAGGUUUUUGCAGAAUAUUUAUUUGCUAUAAACGACGCUCAGAAAGAAAACCAAACAGAGCUAAAAGGACAGCAACAAAUGGAUCCACAACAAGCAGUAGUCUAACAAGAACAACGAAUAGCUUAAAGAAGUUGUUCCAUCGCAAUAGUCUGGAUAAAAGCGACUCUGAUGAACAUAAGGUUAAAGAUGAAGUGAAAAAUGGUUUCUUCGAUAGAAUAUUUAGUAAUAAGAGAUUCGUAAGACAACAAUCUGCACCUGUUUGUUCUAAUACCCAACCAAGAAUCAAUAGACUGAGAAGUGAAGGAAAUAUUGCUGAGGUAUCUAAUAUACUUCCUAUAGACAAAAAUAAAGAUACUGGAUGUACAAAUUUAGAUGUUGAAUUAGAAUAUAGUAACAAUCGCAGAUCUCUGCGACGAAGUGUUUUGAUAAAUAGCACUAAAACAAGAAGCUUUGAAGACAAUAAGAAGUAUGGUGCUUAUCAAAAGAUAAAAGUGGACUGUGUCGUUGGCUUCCAUAAAUCUAAAAGUGUUGAUUAUGAAUUUCCAGAAAGUUUUGUAUAAUGUUUGAUGCUGUAGAUUGAUGCUUGAAUAAACCAUGUUAACAUGCAGCAUAGUAUCAAAAAACGAUUUAAUACUCUGCCUAAUUAAAUCUGAUCCAUUGUGAAAGAAAUCUAAUUAUUACAAUAUGCAAAGCUACAAAAGUUGCCAGCGACUAUCUAUCUAGCUUGCCGAGCCAAAUUAAUUAGUUGAUAAGUUAAGUUAAGUGGUAGGUUAAGAAAGUUGUCCAGAAUUUUUGCAUACUUUAUUUGAUUACGAUUUGUUCUCGUAACUUGCCAAAUAGCUAUAAAAUUAUAUUAUUACCUAUUGUUAUGAUUUAAAUACGAUUAUUAUAAGCGAUAUUGAAGUAAUUUAAUAUGUUGUUAUUAUUAAUAAUUAUCUUAUUAAAUAAUUUGAGUAGAUUCAUAAAAACAAAGUCAAGAAGCAUUUUCCUGUCUUCUAAUUUGAAUACGUUUGCACAAACCGAUCGCAUAACAUGAUCAUGAAAAAAAAGAGAAGAGCGCUUUCUUCAAAGAAGUGGUUCAAUAGUAAUUUGCAAGAACACAUAAGUGCGUAAAACCUACCGAACUAUAAUAAGUAGCGUGCUAUCAGAACCUUCAUUUUUGUCAGUAAUAUUAUGUAUUCUUCGUUUUUUUUGAAAGAUCAAAUUUUACUUUAGAUUUUGGGAUAUUUUUACUAGGGGAAAAGGUCCACUUCUUUCCGAUCUUGUGUCCGACUUAUUUAGUGUUAGUAUUUUCAGAUAAGAUUUAUCAAGUGCUUAUCUGCUCGAGUAUUCACUCUGGAUUCCGGGACUCUUCCAAUCCAGCAACUCUUGUCCAUUCCCGCAAUAUUCCCUGCCCUCGUCUAGUUAUUUUUGCAUGACAACCAUGUAGUUUUCGAUUCCAAGGAUUGCUCUCUGUGUUUAUCGUUCUUUGUACCAUAAUUAAUAAUCAAUUAUUAAUACUAGCCAAAACACACUGACAUACCUUACAGGUGGAUGUAGCCUUUUUUGGGUAUGUGUCAUUUCGUAUAUUCAAUAGUAUUGUAGAUCGACUUAAGCGAUGCAGUGUACCAGCGCAAGAAACUGGUCAAAUAGCUCUUAGGACAGCGGUAUAAGGCACACAUACUUCCACAGAUAGAUGGCCGUUGGGGCAGUAAAGUCCUCGAAUGGUGACCACGUACCGGAAGACGAUGGUAGGCCCCUCACAGGAUGGACCGACGAUCUGGUCAAGAUAGCCGGAAUACGUUGGAUGAGGUCAGCGCAGGACCAAUAGUCGUAGAAAUCUUUGAGGAGGUCUUUUGUUCAGCAGUGGACGUCUUCCGGCUGAUGAUGAUGAAGGCGCAAAAUUAACCGAUGUCUCAACAAAAUGCUAUCACAGAGUAUUAGAGUGUCAUGUUAAUUCAAGCAAUUUUGCUUUGCACUCAGUUGAUAAAUAAUUAAUAAUGGUUCGAGCUGUGGUGCUCGAACGCAGAUGCAAACGACUCCCUGCAAGUAUCUUACGUCGAAGGGCCGCUCUCUAUUGUCUCACUCUUAAGAGAUCUAUUCUUGUCGAAAGCAAAUAGGGUUAGACUUCCAACGCUUUGGUUUGGUUUAGUGACCUUUUUACUGCCAUUACUCGAGAUUUCGGGGCCCAUGAUUCCAAUGCAGAACCGUAAGGUAUUGAGGAGAGAACUACCCUUCCGUAAUUGGCAAGUGCCCCCGCGAAUAGAUGGGCGCAAUUUUGGCGAGCGCAGCGGCAUGUCAAUGCAUAUAUUGUUACGUGUUUCAAUAGAAUGCUUAUAAUUAGGACGAUAUGAGAGAAUGUAUAAGAAAACUAUCUAAUAAACUAUCUUAUAAACAAAAUGAGGGUCAGUGCUGUACGGCACUUUCAAUUUUGGUAUAUAUUAAAGAUUUAGUGCCAAAGUGCACUUCCCGAUUUAGGCUCCAGAUGAUCAUGUAACAAAUAAGUUUUGCUUUAUGGGAAUCGCGCAUACUUAAGAUUUCGGAGGUUAAAUUAAAUAUAGUGUUUUUUAUCCCAAAAAAAUAAGUUAUAUAAUAGUUAACAUUAUUUUUAAGCAAAAUAUAAACUUUUAGGUACUAAUAUAAGUGCUUCUCCCGUACGAUUAGUCUAGACGCCAGUUAUGGCCCCUUCAUGAAUCUUUAUUAUAAUUUAUUACCUUCCCAAUUGUAAUUCUCUGAAUAACAAGAUCUGUAAUGUUCCUUAUCUGUCCUACUGGUCAUAAUAUUCUUAAUCGAGUGGUUGCCCGGGCUCAUAUUUUUUUUAUGAAAAUAAGGGACGAAGUGAGCAGGACUUUCAGCUGAUGGUAAUUGAUACGCCAUGCCCAUUACAAUGCAGUGCCGCUCAGGAUUCUUGAAAAACCCCAAAAAUUCUGAGCGGCACUACAAUUGCGCUCGUCACCUUGAGACAUAAGAAGUUGAGUCUCAUUUGCCCAGUAAUUUCACUAGCUACGGUGCCCUUCAGACCGAAACACAGUAAUGUUCACACAUUACUGCUCACGACAGAAAUAGGCGCCGUUGUGGUAGCCAUAAUCUAGCCAGUAUCCUAUUUAAAGGAGCCUCCCACAGUUGACCCGUAAGCUUGAUAUUAUUUAUGACUUUGAAUGAAAAUGGUAUCGUCAUAAUAUGCAAUUAUAUAUUACACCCAUAAUCUAGCCGGCAUCCUGUGUAAAGGAGCCUCCCACUAGUAAAUUGGUCUGUUUGGCAGUCUGACCAAUGAAUCUUGUCCACCAUUUCAUAGGAUUAAUUGGACGUAAUUCCAGAAAGACGUUCCAAACCACAAUCAUAUCGAAUUUGAGUUAAGACCACAAAACUAGUCACGUGAUUCAUAUUAACGGACUGACAAAAAAUGGCAGCCCUACUGUCACUUUAAAUGGCAUCGUGACGUAGUAGCCCAACCCACAUGUAAAAAGGCAUAAAAGGCAUUUAUUUUCUCAAAAUUGAUUCCUUUAGAAUUCUUUUUGAUGUCAUUUCUAAUAUACUAGAUACUACUACCGCUUCAGAAACAAAUGGCGCUCUGAGAGAGAAGAAGCGGCGCAAGAAACUCUCCCAGCAUUCUUUUUUUGCGCUCUUUUCAAUAAAAAUAUACAAUAUUGUACAGUAAUUUCUAUCGCUAUAAAAUAAUCACAAUCUAGUCCCAGGCUGUCCGAUCAUUUAGAUAUUCAGCAGUGGAGUAAUAGGAUUUACUACAGAGCCAUUUUUUUUAUGAAACAUUUAGAUUUAUUUAUAGAUAAUGCCUGAACAGUGGCUGGGACUUUAUUAUAGAAGUGUAUACAUUUACCCUUAAAGCUAUUAUGUAUCUUAUGAAGCCUACUAGAAUUAGUUACAAGCAAUCCCUUAUUUCUAGUGUUAUAAUAAUGAAAAUCACUAUUAAGAGCAAAAAGGUGACGAUUUUUGUGACGUGUGUAGAUAUGAAUUACACAAACAUUUAUUAAACUUUAAACACGAAUUCCUUAAAAUGAGACGAUUGUGGCUUGGAAUGUUUUUCAGGAACUACAUCCAAUUAAGUUGUCUGAAAAUUAAGAUUCCUCAAGGGAAGUGCUUGUAGUAAAAACGCAGGGUGCGUUAAUAAGCUUUCUCCUAUCAUCAUCAAAAGUUUUGAUGAAUGAUGAAAGAUUCAUUGGAUGUAUUAAUAAACUUCACGAAAAUACGAAACAGUUCAUAACUUGAGUUAUUAAGAAUAAUAUUUGACGCAGAUUAUCCUAUUUUGCAUCGCAUGCACGCUUUUUUUUAGCCUCGCAAUUCCCGUGGAUCCCGCGCCCGUAAUCCCGCAUCUCGCGGGAUUGGAAAAUGGCGCGGGAUCCCGCAAUGCCGAGAUUGGAAGCCCUAAUCAAAACAGCAUUGUUAUCGCAAGCUAUGAUAGUUCCACGCCAGAGCUCGUAUUGACACUACCCGGUUACGUCAUAAUCUCGGGACCUGACGUCGAUGACGUCACAUCUUCGUUUUGUUACGGUGUGCAAAACAAGCAGCACUAGGAUAUUAUUAAAUAAAUAAUAAUAAAAAAAAACUAAAAGUGUGUGUGCAAUGUAUGCACGCAAGAAGCUAUACUUCUUUGGCCUAACGAAGCAAAAAUCAUUAAAAUGAUUUAUUCCUCGUGCUAUUUUACGUUUUUAGAAAGAACAAUUUUGUGAAAAUCAUGCCAAGAUGGCUUUGAAAAGUAAUUAUUAAAUAAUGAAUACUGCUGUAUAUGCUUGAACCCUAAUAAUGGACGAAGAAACUAAAAAAAAUACGAAAGACGCAAACGUCAGAAAAUCUUAGGAACCAACUUCAACCUGUUACUUUUGUGUUAUAGUAAUGCGCGCGCAUCCUCAAGAUUAUAAUGUUUGAUGUCUAAAGGUUACCUCAGUACUAAUCUUUUUCUAUGGAAGCGGAGGAAAAAGAGUGUAUGGGUCAACUGAUGUUAAGUGAUCACCGCAGCCCACAUUCCCUUGCAAUACCAGAAGAAUCACAGGAGCGUUGUCAGCCUAUAAGGGAGGUCUACACGCUUUUUUGACGGAACCCAUAUCGAAUCGUUCGGAAGCACCGCACAAAGAAGCUCAUUCCACUGCUUGGUUGUACGUGGAGGUAAGUUCCUUGGAAACCCCACACAUCUAGAUGGUGGGGAUGAUAUCCUAAUUUGUGACGUGCCGUGCAAAGGUGGAAUUCGGCGGCAGGAAUCAGGUGAAACAGCUCUUCGGAACACUCCCCGUGAUAAAUGCCGUAGAAGACACAUAAUGAAGCGACGUCUCUUCGUAACGCAAAGUGAUCUAGCCUUAUUUUGUUCUUUAUCAUCAAGUCUCCCUUGAGUGUAUAUUUGAGCGUAAAUGAAAUUACCCAUUCAUACAAUUUGUCAAAGAGUAUGGCUACAGAAGCGAAUGUCAGUUAGUCAAUGUUUGUGAUGUAUAAAUAAAUUAUGCAGUGCUGUAACCUCGAGUAUAUCUUCUUGAAAAUUAUUUGACUUACUUUUAAUAUAAAAAAAAAUUAAGAAUUUAUUUUUUGUGCAAACAAAUCGAAUAACUAAACAAUUUGUUAUUUUUACAGUGAUAUCUCUCACUCUCACUUCACGGAUUGAUUAAAUUAAAUUUGUAACCAAAAUUUAUGAACGAUGCGGGACUCGAACUAUCGAAAAGUUUACAUUUGAAAGUGCGACAUCUACAGUCAAUUUCCUAAUGCAUAUAUUGCGGUUGGGCUGGUUAUCAACUGUAAAGUAGAUCCUGUAGAUAGAGCUACAACCUGAAAGUUAAACAAGACAUGCCAAGAUUUACGAACCAUACGUCACUCGAAUGGUUGGCUCAGAUGGAAGAGCGUUCGGACGGAACCCGAGAGGUCGCGGGUUCGAGUCGCGCAUCAUAAAUUUUGGUUACAUAUUUAAUUUAAAUCAAAUAACAUACCAAUACUAGUCAUAAAGGUUUGGAAUUUUUAUAUAUGUACUUUCUGCGUAGUAUAAAUAUUUACUCCAUGUUACUUAGUAUAUAAGCAUUUUUGAAGAACAAUUUAUAAAUUAUUUUCGCUACAUAUAUGAGUCCCAUUUCCUAGUGCUUCAUUUAUGUAUUCAUUUACAGUUUAAAAACUAUCUAAUAAGCGUUUUCUGAACAUUACUAACGGCCGUUCCCAAUAUACUAUCUACAGAUAGAGAUAAAUUACUACCUUCUACUGUCAGUAAUAGCUGUCAACAAUCUGAAGCUGUCCCAAUAUACCCGAUAAGUCAUUCUUAUCGCCUUAUAUUGGGACGCGUGAAUUGCAAUUUCUAUACAAACUUCUAUAGCUGGUAAGCUAUACGUCGUCCCAUUGACAGACAGCGUGUACGGAUAAGGUGAGUUACCGUCGAUAAGUUUAUUGGGACAGAAAAGUUAACGAUAUUUACGAUUUUUAUCUCAAGUUAGAGAUAGACUGAGUAUUGGGAAUGGCCGUAAAUGAAUAAGUUAAGCGGUUACCUUGUAAAGUUUCAUAUUAUAGUAUUUAUUGAAAAUUUAUUUAAACUUAUUAUAAGUUAGUUUUAAGUAAGGUGCCAAAAUGUAAUUUAUUACAUAGAUUUAAUAUAUUUAUAUUCUAAUAUUAUAAUAUUUUCAGGCUAAGGCUUUCAGAAAAGACUAUAUUACGGAGCUUAAGAUAUAAUUAAAUAGUUGGUAAUUAAAAUGUUUAUGA